UAUUGUAACAGUUAUGUUGAAAUGAGGAUGUAUGUAUGAUCAUAUUUUGGCUUACUAUGAUAAAACAAUCUAUGACUUUUGGUCAAUGUAACAAACACAAGGGCUAUUUUUCUGAUUUAUGAGGCUAUUUGAGGCUUCUCCAAAUCCGCAGGUUUGAUUGCCGACGUUCGCAAUUAUUUCAUGGACGCGUGCGUAUGGUCAUCUCUUGCACAACUUGUAUUGAGUUAACUCUUUGAUCACAAAUGAAAUAUGAACAUGGAAGAACCGCAACUCCACAUCCGCUCAUCGCUCCUCCUUCAUAAAGGACACCACCGAAGCGACCACUUGACUGUGUGUCAGUGACUUCAUCAUGUUCGCAGCCCUCCUUUCCCUUCUCGUCUUCUCCGCCGACGCCAUGGCAUCGGAGCCAUCGGGCUGCAGUUACCAGGAUGUCUUAAACCACCUGCACCUGACUCGAACCAACGAGCUCUUCUCCAUGACGCGGCCCGUCAAGUACUACAAGAGGCCGACUCACGUGUCCCUGGAGGUGCUGCUGUACGCGAUCCUCAAUGUGGUGGAGAAGGAGCAGAAAUUUGUUCCGUACGUCUGGACCGUCACGAGGUGGCACAACGAAUACAUCUCGUGGGAUCCCCAAGCGUUCUGCGGGAUCAAUAAUGUGUCCAUUCCCGUUGGCAUUCUGUGGAAGCCGGAUCUCACCAUCGAGGAGAUGGCAGAGAAGGACAAGGCCCCGCCGAAUCUGUAUGUCACCAUCAGCGCCGACGGCCUGGUGGAGGUCACUAACGACCAAGUGCUCUUCAGUAUGUGUCGCAUGAACAUUUACAAGUUCCCCUUUGACACACAGAGAUGUAACCUCACCUUCAAGUCGAUCAUACACUCGGCCAAGGACCUGCGCCUGCAGCCCAGCAACAACUCCUCCGAGGCCACCGAGUGGUCACGCGAUUUGAUGCCCACACAGUUCGAGUGGAUCUUCCUCCACUUGAACGUGACCGCCAUCAAAGCCAGCAGCCCGGACCACCAGGACGUCAUCGUCUACACGAUCAGCAUGCGGAGGAAGCCCAUCCUGUACAUCAUCAACUUCCUGCUGCCCGUGCUCUUCUUCCUGUCACUGGACUUGGCCUCCUUCUUGAUCUCGGAUUCGGGCGGCGAGAAGCUGAGCUUCAAGGUGACCGUGAUGUUGGCUGUCACCGUGCUACAGCUCAUCCUCAAUGAGAUCCUGCCCUCCUCCUCCAACUCCAUCCCUCUCAUAGCUGUGUACUGCAUCGGCAUCUUUGCGCUGAUGCUGCUGAGCCUGCUAGAGACAAUCUUUGUGAUGCACCUGAUGGAAAAAGACAAUCAUAGUGAAGACGAAGACGGAGACGGAAUAAGCGAGGAGCGAAACAUGCAAACGAGCUGCGACAAACAACACGCAGAGGUGCAAGCUUGGACGCAAGGUGGAGUCUUUUUUUCGAUGCCCGAAACUCCAACGGGACUGAUGCCGGCUCACAGCGGCGCCCUGUGCCAAACGCUGGAGAAGCUGUCGGGCGAGCUUGGCCAGAUGGAACGAACUCAAACCGUGCUGCUCAAGGGCAAGAAGGACAAGGACAAGAAGGGUUACUGGACACAAGUGGCCACCUGGGUCAACAGAAUCUUUUUCAUCUUCUAUCUUGCAGUGGUCAGCCUCUUUUUGGCGAUUCUCUUUUCCAAGUGGACCUAGCGCUGUUUGCAGCGCUCAUCAUUGAGGCACAUUACUGCCAUGAACGUGUGUCGAAGUGUGUUUGUGUGUGCUGUCUUUGCUGAGCAUGAUAAUAAAGAAUAAAUGUCGGAGCAAAACAAAAAA